CUCUAAAGUUUUCUAAACCCCAUUCGGCCAUCCCUUGAUGGUCUGAGGUGUAGGUUUGAAAUUCUUCAAAUUACCUACCAAACAAAUGGUACGGAGUACGUCAUAGUCCGCGAACCAAACAACCCCUUAACCGUUAAAAAAAAAUAUUCUCCAAUCUGCAUCUUCUUCCUCAGUCCUUAGUCCUCUCACCUUUUCCAGUUUUCCACUCUCGUUUUGUGGGCUUAUUUGAACAUAAACAACUUCCAACAUCGCAUUCUCCUCCUCUUAAAACUCGAUAGCGUCUUGUAGUUGUAGUUUUAGUUGUAUCCAUAGUUGUCGCCGCCUCUGCCGACCAUCUCCCUUGUCUGGUGCUGCUAUUUUGGUUGUCAACAGCAUGCUGUCUUACUUUCUGAAUCUGAGUUAGAUGGAAAGUUUCUUCAUUUGUGAAAUGGGUUAUUGAAGAUAUUUUUUAUGAAACAUCAGACUGAUUUGUGAUAUUCAACACGCUAGUGAGAGGAAAUGGCAUUCAGGUCAAAGGAAACCAUGAAGAAGAUACUGAAGAAAGUUGGAGAAGAUAACAUUACGAGGGGUGUCAAAGAGGCUUUAACAAAGAACAUACCAAAUAAUGAGGUAGUCAUGGGUCGUGCUAAGCGAGGGCUUUUUGCCGGUCGCCAUAUUCAGUUUGGCAACCAAGUUAGCGAAGACGGAGGCAAUAAGUCGAGGAGAACUUGGAAGCCGAACGUGCAAGAGAAACGACUCUUCAGUUACAUUUUAGACCGCCACAUUCGUGUCCAUGUGACCACACAUGCUCUACGUUGCAUUGACAAGGCUGGUGGUAUUGAUGAGUACCUGUUGAAGACACCAUAUCAUAAAAUGGACACGGAAAUGGGCCUCCUUUGGAAAGCCAAAAUCGAGAAGAUGUAUGAAGAGCUUGGGAACAAGGAGAUUUCGUUUUUCUCUCCCGAGGAUGAAGCCAAGUUUGAGCAAAGUUUUAAGGAAAUGAAGCUAGAUGAAAAAACGGCCCGAAGAGAAUUCAGAAGAGGAUUGUACGGGCCAGUGAAGCCCGAGAAAAUAUCAGAUCUCGAGGGUGGUGGUGAAUCAGAUGGAAGCUCACAUUCAGACCAUGAGCAGUUGGCUGCAACUGCUUGAGAUUGCACUUCAUAACCCACCACCUUUAAGCUUUUGCAAUUUUCUUCAGGAUUGUAAACCAGUUUUGCAGUAUUACACUCGUUGGUAUCUUGUAGGCUAUUGACAUAAGAGCCCUCUUGUAUGAUAGUACUACUACUACUACUAGGGGGUGUUCAGAUCCGGGUACCCGUAUUUCCGCGUACCCGUAAAAGCGGGUACUCGCUUGGGGUAGUUAAAAAAGCGGUCCAUGUCCUGACCUGGAAAAAACCGGUUCCCACUUUUACCGUACAUAGUAGUAUGCAAUGCUCAGAAUUUUUAUGAGUUCAGCACAGACACAGUUGAUGUGGUAGACUGUUUCUUUUGUAUACGAAAUUUAAUUUCAUUGUU